UACCAAAAUAAAAAACUUAGUUGGUCUUUAAGGUGCUGCUGGAAGGAAUUUUUUUUGUGUGUGUUAUGUUGUAUGUUGUGCUAGACCACUAAAUAUCGUGGGAAUCUCCUCUCGCUAUAGGGGGGAAGUUUUGCAACUUUCAGCUUCUAGCUGGGUUUGUAUCCAAUGUAAAGUGUAACGCCUGUAAAGUGAGAAGUGGAGGUGAUUCCCCCCAACUCUGGGCAGAGACCCUCGAGCUGCUUUUGUUCUUGCCCCGGAGGUAGCCUUGCCCACUCCCUCUCCCUCUCCCUCCACCCCCCCCUUGGAUAGAGGAAGUUACAUCAGUAUGCAUAAUAAAGCAAUGGGAGAGCAGUCCGGGCUGCUUAGAAGUGAACUCUCCACUCUGUUCUCACGGUCUUGCUGUGUGCAACUGGCAGUGCAGAAAGCUUCCUGAGAACAUUUAGGGAGUAUGUAAAAUUCACAUGCAAAAGAGGGUGACAGGAAUCUGGCAGACAUGUCAAGUGAAAUUAUUAGAAGGGCAUGGGCUUGAGUUACAGUCUUCAUUGUCUUGACACAGUUGAUUUUAUGGACUACUUUUUUGUAUUGAAAUCCAAAGAGAGGGGGUGUCAUUAUGAAUCAGCAGGCUGCAGCUCCAAAGACAAGAAGUGAUAAUUAUCUGAGCAUAAAGAACUCUGAAUCCCUCGAUAUUUAUAUCCAGAAUACACUUUCCUCUCUAUAUCCACCUUUUGAGGCCACAGCUGCUACUGUUCUGUGGCAACUUUUCAGCAUUGUUGAAAAGUUUUAUAACGGAGAUGGUCUCAGAUGUCUAAUUGAUUUCCUUGUUCCUGCCAAGAGAGUCUUACAGUGUAUCCAGCGGGAAACCUGUAGCAAUUAUACUGGCCUCAUUUUUUACCAUGAAGGAUGGCCAUUGUGCAUCCAUGAGAAGAUCAUAGUGCAACUGGCAUCUCUCCACAAAGCCCGUUUAAAACCAGGAGAUUUUUACUUCCAGAUUGUGCCGGUGAGAAAGCAGUCGGCCAACCUAGUGUUAAAAUGUCUCUCCAGACAUGGGCAAGGAAUGGAAGAGCUUGUUGUACCUGAAACCAUGUAUGGAUAUAUUUUCACCUUAGAGUUUUUGGAAAAUGUAAACGGUAAACUGAAUGGCUGUCCUUUGCAGAGCUGUUUGCUGACUACAGGCCCAGCCAUAUAUAGGACACCUUGGGAAAAUAUUGUGAACCCUAUAUUUGUCCCUACAGCUGAAACAAUUCUGCAGACAUAUUCCCAAAGCUCUCUGCUUGAAAAAUUGAUCAGCGGCAGUCCUGAUGCUAAAGCUAUGACACAGACAAUGGAAAGCAGCAGCUCCCGUGAGAGUUCGACCUCUAAUGAUACCUGUUCUACUGUGAUAGAGGUACCGCUUGCAGGCAAAUGUGAAAAUCAAGGUGAUGAUGAUUCUGAUUUAUAUCAUGGCCCUGGGAGCAAGGCUGAAAUACAAACCCCAGCCACCCAAGCUGAGCAUGGAACUGUUGAAGCAAAUCCAAGAGCACUUUCAGUUGCAGAGCAAGCCAUCAAGGAACCAAAAAUGACAUCUGAAUCGACACCUGAUUUGUUUAAAGAUUCAGCAGCUCCUCCACCAGUGAAAAGGAAUGGCCCCAAAAGCAUAUCCUUCAGCACAGACCUGAGCAGCCCUUGUCAAAGAGGGCGGGAUUCUCUGUAUUUCGAAACAAAGCGAUUGUUUAGAAAGUCUUACAUAGAAGCUUUGCAAAACCCAAUGAGUCUUGGUUCCAGCUCUGAGGAAUCCAUUGCAGAAGACGAACCGUCAGAGCAUGUCACGGGACAGGUGGAGAAUGAGUGCAGGGUCAGGCAAGAAAGCUGUUGGUCUGAAAGAAUUUCAAAACAGGAGGUAACAAGAGAGGGAGUUAGAUUUGGGAAUCGUUCCCAGGCCUCUGAAAAAUGGACUGUAUCCCAUGAAACAGUAUGUAGCAGGUCAGGUUCAAGAAGAUCACGGUCCUUAGACAGGACACAUAAGAGCUCACAGAGUGAAGAUUAUAAACCCAGGGUGCCCUCAGAUGGAGUGUUCAGUGACAAUCCCCCCCAAAUCAUAAAUGGGCAUUCUCUAAGGUCUGAGAGACUGGAGUCAGAUAUUCAUGAAUUCAUUACUACAAAAAGCAAAGAGGAUGAAGUAUUUUCUCCAGACCUCGGAGACUCCAGAAUUGAUUUUCAGGAUUAUGAGUCAACUGUAAAUUCACCACCUCUGCUGCAUUGCCCCGAGACUGAGCUGCUGUCUGCAAACACUGGGGACCCCAGACGCUUGUUAUCACACCAGUUGCUUGAAGUUAAUCAAGAAUUACUGCAGUCUGGAGUCAUUUCUCUGUGUGGAAACCGGGAUCGUGGUGGAAGAGCAGUUGUGCAGGUCUGCAUGAGUAAUAGUGCUUGGUUAUGUGAACCUUCGAGAGUCAGUGAGCUCACACAACUUCUAGUGUAUUUCCACAAUAUUCCCAGAAAGGAUGCCCGUUCUUUGGGGCUACUUAUUUUAGUGGAUGCCCGCAAAAGUCAGAAUGUAGCUGUCCUCUUCAAGGCCUUGACAGCAUUACAGAAUGUCGUUCCUCAUUCCAUUCAUAGUGUUCUGAUCUUGACUGAUAAGGAUUCUGCUUUUAAGCCUGACAAAGAAGUUGCAUUUCAGUGUGAAGUUCUCACAUCGCUCAAGGCUUUGCAUAGAUUCAUUGACUGUACCCAACUGACAGCAGAGUUUGAUGGACCAUUCCCUUAUAGUCAUACUGACUGGAUAUGCUUUCGAAGGAAACUUGAGCCAUUUAUUACAAACUGCAAAGAGGCCCUUGUUUUCUUGCAAUACUCUUUAUGUUCACUCAGCAAUAUCCAGACUCCAAGUACUGCACAAGAGGUUGAUGACUUAAUGAAUAAACACAAGACGAUGAUGAAGCUCGUUCUGGAAGAUAAACUGUUGGUCACCUUAAGGCUUGAGGGUGGGACGGUCCUUGCAAGGCUUAGAAAGGAAGAGUUUUGUAAUACAGAAGAUUAUAGAGAUGCCAUGGAGACUAUUACGAAGCUGUAUAAUCGAGUAGAUGAGGAAGUUCAUAGGCUGGUUCUCUUGUCUAAUAAAUGUCUGCAACAACUAGAGAAUCUCUUGGCAAUGAGAAAAUUUGAAGAAGGCUGUGAACAGAUAAAAGUCUGGUUUGAAAAUGAGAGAGAACAAUAUAUUGGGCCUUUGGAUCAAGAACACCUUUCAGUUGAAAAUGUGAAAAGGAAGCAAGAACAGUUCCUGGUUUUCAGUGAAAAGGCAAUGCAAUAUUCCCAGAAAGGACUACAGCUCAUAAAGGAGCAUUCUUCAUUAAAAUCUGAAGAAGAAUUUCAGGCUUUCAGUAGGUAUCUGAGUAACAUCACAAUUCAAACCGAGAAAAGGAGAAGUGAACUGGAGAAGCUGCUUAAGCUAUAUGAAUUUUAUGAAAGAGCGUCCAAGUGGAUGGUUCACUGUAACGAGUUUCUUGAAAAGCUUUCAGUGGAAGCCAAGUAUUCUCAGCCAGCAGUUCAGUCUUUGCAAAGCUACCACCAAGACGCUACAAAGUUUUCUGCCGAGAACUUUCAGAAAGUCAGUGAGGUGAUUAUUGCUCUGGGUAACAAGGAGGAACUAAAACAAUGGAAUAUUUUAUGGCUCAAAUGCCAGCAGACCAGGCACCACUUAGAAGAGGUCCUUUCAGAAGCAAUUAAAGGUACCCGUAAAGAAGGGCCCAGCAGUACUCUGAGAGAGAUUGGCCAGAGGGACGGUCAUAACCUGGGCAGCAAAACUGCAACACAACAAAGCCAAUCUUCCGGCUUUGGUUCUAGCACUGCCAAUAACGUUCAUGACAGUAAGUCACUCGGUCUGUUUCAAGGUAGCAGCCCAUCUGUGGACGUGUCGCCUUUUUUACAUCAGGAAGAUGCUGCUCAAAACACCGAUCCAUUUUCUUCUUCUGUUAAACCUUCGGUUUCACAAACUCUUACUCCACUCUUGGGUAGGUUUCAAAGGACUAGCCGUGUUUCAGAGGAUUUGGACAACAUUUCUAUCUGCUGUUCGGAACCAAUCCAGACAACCAGCAGCCGCCACCGGAGACAUCCGCUGAAGAAGAUUAUGAAGAAGACACAGAGCUUUGAGUUGACCCGACAUGAGAGUAACCACAGUGAACUGCAUCAUCAUGGCUAUACGGGAGUUUACAUAAGAGGCCUGGAGGUAGCCAGCAAUGUUGCUGCAGAAAAGAGAAACACACAGCGGUCCAAUAUCAAAAGCCCUUUGGUUUGUCGAAAUCGCAGUUUAUCAUCUCCUUCAAGAAUCCACCAUGCAGAAGAUGAAGAAGAGAGAAAAAGAGGGGGAAGUAAGGUGAACCACAUAAUGGAUGAGAUGAUCACAACAGAAAGGGAGUAUGUCAGAUCUUUAGGCUAUAUCAUCAACAGCUAUUUCCCAGAAAUGGAAAGGAUUGACUUACCUCAGGAUUUGCGAGGGAAGCGGAAUAUCAUAUUUGGAAAUUUGGAAAAGCUGUAUGACUUCCAUUGUCUGUAUUUCCUGAAAGAACUGGAACACUGCACAGACUUCCCACUGCGGGUUAGCCACUCUUUUCUCAGACAUGAAGAACAGUUUGGAUUGUAUGCAUUGUAUAGCAAGAACAAGCCGCAGUCAGACGCUUUGCUGAUAAGCCAUGGAAAUACCUUCUUUAAAAAUAAGCAGCAGGAAUUGGGUGAUAAAAUGAACCUGGCUUCUUACUUGCUGAAACCUAUCCAGAGAAUGAGCAAAUAUGCCCUGCUUUUGAAGGAUCUGAUCAAGGAGUGUUCGGCAGCGCAGGAACAGGAGCUCAGCGCCCUCCGAGCUGCUGAAGAAAUGGUCAAGUUUCAGCUUCGCCAUGGAAAUGAUUUACUUGCAAUGGAUGCCAUCAGAGGAUGUGAUGUCAAUCUGAAAGAACAAGGACAGCUGAGGUGUCAAGAUGAGUUUAUUGUGUGCUGUGGCCGAAAGAAGUACUUGAGGCAUGUUUUCCUUUUCGAAGACCUCAUCUUGUUCAGUAAAACAAAAAAGAUUGAUGGGGGAUAUGACAUUUACAUGUACAAACAGUCAUUUAAGACAGCUGAGAUUGGAAUGACAGAGAAUGUUGGAGAUAGUGGCCUCAGAUUUGAAAUCUGGUUUCGAAGGAGAAGAAAAUCUCAAGACACUUACAUCCUUCAAGCAAAUUCAGUAGAAACUAAGAUUGGAUGGACAAAUCUCAUAGGAAAGAUUCUUUGGAGACAAGCCUUGAGAAACCGAGAACUCCGAAUGCAAGAAAUGGUGUCAAUGGGCAUAGGAAACAAACCAUUCAUGGACAUCAAGCCCAGUGAUGCAGCUAUAAGUGAUCGAGCAAUAGACUAUAUAAUGAAAGGAGCAGAGUCAAGGAGUCGUGCCUCAAUAGCUGUUUCUUCAUUUGACCACUCUACGCCGUUUAAGAGGCCCCACUCCACGAUCUCAAACAGCAGCACGUCUUCCUCCAGCAGCCAGUCCUCAUCUUCCAUCCUGGGCUCGCUAAAUCUGCACAUAUAUUCCGCCCCGUCUCACCCAGGCCUGGUGGGGCCACCUUUUUACCACUGGUCAUACGAUGUCAGAGCCUGUAUUGAGGAAGAUGAGCUGGAACAGGACAUUGGGAGCCAGCCCUCAAUGAUUACAGAGAGUUCAGAGUCAUCCCAGUGCACGUCGGGUGAAAGCUCAAGUGGUUUCAGCUGUUCUGCCCAGGCUGGAUUCUCCCCGCUCCUCGUGGAGACAUUUCUCGAUGAAGGCACUUCAAGCCCUGGUUCCAAGCCCGCAUCGCAAUGCACAUCUCCUGCCCUCUCAGAGAAGAACCUCAGAUCAAAGCCCAGCAGUCAGUAGGUCCCUGCUGAUGAUUUGGUGCAGAAUCCAUAAUACGGAUUUCUAAAACUUGAACCUCGCAGAACCGGCAGCUCUGAGUCCAGGUGGCAUUCUUCUGAACGGGGGAAAUGUGUCCUUGUUUGUAUUAGCUAGUUUGGUUUUGAUUCCCCUCCUUUACUUUUGACCUAUUUUUUUUGUAUAUAGCUGGUGAGAUUUAGUUGUUACUAUAUUUUUUGAAAUCCUGUAAAUGCAGAAAGUAUUUUGUGUAAAGAAAAUGUACAAAUUGUGGCUGGAUAUGUUUGUAAAUAUUAAUUUUAUUGUUCUGCAUUAUUAAUUGCUCAUUUUCAUGGCAGACUUAAAAAAAACUUUGAGUAGCAUAUAGUCCAGUAAAUCCAGAGGGCAAAAGUGAGUGUGUGAGGUUUAAAAGCAAGUGCGGUUAGAAUAUGGAAAUAUUCCUGAUAGUAAGAAUAGAAAUGUGUUUCUGUAGCUUUUUGUGGUAGAGAUUCUCAGACAUUUUCAGAGCAAAUUCCAGGUUGAGAAAAGAACUCCAGUAGCACAAGUUUCCUAACUGCCCAAACACCUUCAGCCUAGUUGGGUAUCAAGCUGCAGACAACCACAAACGCGUUUUGACAAAGAUCAUCACUUGUGCUUUGUAAACAUAGAAACACAGGAAAUACUAAUUUAAUUUUCACAAAUUAUACCGGGUGCAGAAGGCAGCUAUGCUUGGUGCAGAAUUUUGAAGUUUUCUAACACAAGAGGGCAUAGAACUGGAUGAAGAUAAGUAAAAAAAUUGUAUGUAACAGAGCCACUGUGAAAGCAUCCUCACAAUAUUCAGUACAAACUUACUUUUCCCCUCUGGGACCAACUUCACGCUGAGGCUUCUGGAAGUUUCCAUCAAAAGCUAGCUGUGAAAAGUGCCAGCUGACCAGUGUGUUUAAAGUUAAAAUAUCCCUUUCUCAACCCAUGAAGCAGUUUUGGACUAUGCUGAGAAAGUUUCUAUCUUUCAAUAAGGUGAAUGAAUAAAUGGAUAAAAAUUCACACGGCACUUAACAAACACACACAUUGUUACACACCUCCCUAAUCUCCAAGCGGUGCAAGAUUCCAGGGGUCAAGGCGCUUACCCAGGGUUUGUAUUUCCUUUGGAAAUGAGGCACAGCAGAGACCGUAGUGUCUUUUGGAUAUUGGGUUUCAUUGAUACACAUAUACAGCCCGAGCCCAGGAUGGAGGGGUUCAAAGCAAUUCACUCCAAAUGAGUCUUGCUUCUCCCAUUCCUGAAGCCCCCUUAGCCUAGAGGUCUGCCAUGCUUCAAGGAUACCUUCUUUCUACCAGGAUCUCCUUUGUCCACCGCUGUGGCUCCUGCAAAAGCACUCUGUGUAAAAAGAACAGGUAGGAGGAAGGAAAGAUUUGCAUGGGGCUGGGAGAACACCCUACAAGUUGAGUGUCAACAGAGAAAUGGGAGAAGAACCUUCCUGCAUGAGAGCAUAAAGGAGAUGCUUUCAUCCUGAAAUGGGUGGGCCAAGCUUUCUUUGGGAGCAAUGUCAGGGCAGGGGCAUUGGGCAUCCAUUCCCCACAUCUGCCAAGAGGAUACCAAGUCCUUCUUCCUCCACAGGGCUAUGCUUCAAGAGAAUGGUCUCCGUCACCAGCACACAAGCUGAUGGGCACAGAGUGAAACCCCAAGCUACGCUGCUGCAUUCCCCCCCUCUCUUCUCCCAGCAUGAGUGAAUAAAAACCUGUGGAAGCCAUUCUUCCUGUUAGUUUCAUGCUCCAGCUGCACCACUAAAUAAAUACCUGGUGCUAACUGUUAUCCCAGCAAUGUAAUCUACAUUGUUCCCAGAUUCAAGGGAGUGUUCUGCAUCCUUUAUUCAUUUUGUUGUUGUUUAGUCGUGUCCGACUCUUCGUGACCCCAUGGACCAGAGCACACCAGGCACUCCUGUCUUCCACUGUCUCCUGCAGUUUGGUCAAACUGGUCUCUGGGUAUCGGGUGAGGAAGUCAGGUGGGGCAAAGACCAUUGUGGUGCAGCUGUGGCAGGACUGGGGAGCAUGUAGCCACUCACUGGUCAUGCUGGCUCGGGUUUGUCAAGGACUGCUCCCCAAACCCUGGGUACUAGGCCUUGGUGAUUUAGCUGGAUCUGGUUUUCAGAGUCUACCACUCACCCUGUAAGGUAUGCUACCGCCACCCCUUCAGCCAGCCUGGGUCAGGGAGACCCCCAGACCUUACUGGACACCACUAAGAUGUGUCUAGAGAAGUAAGAGCUGAGGAGGAGGCUCUCCUCCAUGAACCCCUCAGGGUCAUCAACUUGUUGUUGUUGUUGUUUAGUCGUUUAGUCGUGUCCGACUCUUCGUGACCCCAUGGACCAUAGCACGCCAGGCACUCCUGUCUUCCACUGCCUCCCGCAUUUUGGUCAAACUCAUGUUCGUAGCUUCGAGAACACUGUCCAGCCAUCUCAUCCUCUGUCGUCCCCUUCUCCUUGUAUCCUCAAUCUUUCCCAGCAUCAGGGUCUUUUCCAGGGAGUCUUCUCUUCUCAUGAGGUGGUCAAAGUAUUGGAGCCUUCAGGAUCUGUCCUUCCAGUGAGCACUCAGGGCUGAUUUCCUUCAGAAUGGAUAGGUUUGAUCUUCUUGCAGUCCACGGGACUCUCAAAAGUCUCCUCCAGCACCAUAAUUCUCAGAGGGCACACAAACUGGGUUUGAAGGACUUAAACCUCCCCUAGACAGUGUCUGCCUCUCCUUAGACCCCUUUAGAGAACACCCACAUACUUUGAGAACAGAAUUUAUGUCAAACUAAAUAAAAAAGUAUAAGUAUUGUUCAUAUGCUCUUCAAGUAGUUUUAUUUUUGUUAGUCAAACAUUGCCAUGUAUGAUAUAUUUUAAAAGAUGGAAGAAUAAAUAAAACAUUUGUAUUAUCCUUUGCUGAUUUAGUACAUGCUCCUUUUUUUCUUUUCUUUUUUUAAACAACAUUUCUGUGUCACUAAUUCAUAAAAUUUGUACCUUGUGUAGAAGGAUGUUUUUUUAAAUAGGCAAAUUCAAGAAGGCUCUGUCCCUGAUAUCUCAGUGGCACCUUUGGGUAGGGUUGUCAUAUGUGUGGAAUUUUCCGGACAUAGCUGGAAUUUGGCUGUUGGAAACUGUCUGGGUGGAAAUCGCUGAAUUGUCCAGGAAAAUCUGGAGGUAUGGCAGCCCAUGUUGGUAGUGUAAGUUUUGGUGAAUUUCCUUUAAAAUAGCUUGGACCACCACCACCACCACCCUUUUUGAGAUCUUGCAAGGAAAGCUCAACAACUUUGGGCAGAACUUUAAAAAGCUCAACAAAAAAAACUUGUGUCCAGCAACUCUACCUCUGGGGACCUUCAGUAUAACAACUGCUGAGAUUGGCCCGGUGUGUGUGUGUGUGGUCCCUUCACUCCUUACUUGCGGGUUUCUCUGGAGCCGUUGGCUGGCUUCCUGUCAAGGAAUGCCAAGUUUUUCAUAAUUUACUCAAUUAAUAAUAGGGAGUCUCAAUAAUCAUUCUUCAAAUAUCAAGGGUCUUGGAAACCAGGUAUGUAGGAGAAAGGUUUUACAUAGGAUAAAGCAAGCAGGCCCAGAUUUUUUUAUCUUUAUGCAUCAUACAAAUAAGGACGAAAAAUUGUGGAAACAGUAAACAGCAAGUGGUCCAAUUUUUGUUUUGCUUUUUAAAAGGUAAUUCUAAACAAUUCAGAGGAAAGUUUGUUUUUAUUACAGGCACAUUGGAAAAGAAGAUAAUCAUUUUGGGAUCACUACAGUCCUCUUGGUGUUUCCGUGCGCUGCUCUGGUUCGCCAGGAGCGGCUUUGUCAUGCUGGCCACAUGACCUGGAAGCUAUAUGCUGGCUUCCUUGGCCAUUAAUGCGAGAUGAGCACUGCAACCCCAAGGUCGGUCACGACUGAACCUAAUGGUCAGGGGUCCCUUUAUCUUUACAAUCCUAAUACUGGGUGUUGGCAAUUGAACAAGGGGGAUAACACAUACACACCAAAUAUAAUCCUAAGAUUUCAUUUUUGGGAAAUAGUAACUUUCCAGCUUUUGUAGAACCCCUGAUACAAGGAAUAAUGUGCAGGUCCCCUCUCCACUUUUAUAUUGUCACUGGAACUUUGUGAAUCACAAACCAGCCCUGCAGGCUCUCCUGGAAUGCCCUUUACGAGCCAGGGGUGCCUGCGCUUAGCCUGGGUUCCUUUUCCUUGGAAUUACGGGGCAUCCCUCCAGGGAAGUGUGUAGAGGUUUCCCUUACUAGCUUACUUUUCACAAACC